CAUACAGUUUACCCUAGUCGCUGCACCAGUUUGCAUUCCCACCAACAGUACACAAAACUAUACGUCAGUCUUGUUAAGGGUAAAUUCAAAGGGAUUAAAUAAACCCCAAAUACAACAAAUUAAGCAGAUUGCUUGUUCAGAAAUUACUUUUUCAUAGGAAGUGUCUUAAAAAGUGUGAAAAGACACACUGGGAGGGGGAGGAAUUUGCGUAUUUCUGCACAAACAUGAAAGUGUUUCUCUGAAUUUGGAAGACUUAAAAAACUAUAUUCAAACCUAGGCCUUAAAACAAUAAGCCAGUUAAUGUCUGAACUGAGAGGGGAGGCUGCUCAAGUGUUUUUCCAGAGCCACAAACAAAUUCCUGUGUAUUGGGGUCUGCACAUGUAGGUGCCUGGUGCAGCCUAGCUGGGUGUGACUGGCUGGGUGUGAUGAGGGCAUGUUUGAGAUAACUGGUGCAUCUUUGCCCACCCCUGGCCAGGAAGCAGAAGCCCAGAUUCUCUGGGAAAGGCAGGACUAGAGGGACCACCUCCAGAGACUCCUUCUUCUGACAUUUUCCAAGAGAAGCUAGAAAUCCAAAUUUUUAAAAUGUGAACUUUAUAAACUUUGAAAAAAUUGGCAACUAAUUAAAAAUUGGGAAUGCUGAGAGGAUCAGAGAAACCAUGCUCGUUCCUGGUCUAGACCUGUAGAGGGUUUUUAUAAUAAUUUAUUGGAGCCAAAUAGAGGAUAUGCCUGGAAGCAAGAUCUUGACAGACAGAAAAAUGCUCACUAGAGUGACAGUGUGCAGCUUUUAUGCAUUUGGAAUUAAGGGAGAAAGCUAGGUGGGGAUCAGAUUACAGGAUAGUUAGGAUUAUGUGCACAUGCUUUAAAAGGAGGAGUCUUUGAGGGGCAUUGCAAAGGUGUGUUAACCUUGAUGCACAGAAACAAUGGACAGGGCUGGCUUGAGGCAAAGACAGACCUUUUACUAAAGAAGUUAUAGGCCUGGGGUGUGACCACCCACCUCCACCAGUUAGGGAUUUGUGGUCAGGCCACUGGUGAGGUUACUUCCUGUAGACACCUUUUUCAUCCACAAAAGGAAAAUAUUUGUGAUUUUGCAGAAGAUUAGGAAAGCCAGAUCUGAAUCUGAGAAACUGACCUCACUAACAUUUUUUAUUCAUUUUUAUGUAUUUAUGCCCAAGCAUGCUAUUUUAAAAGUACUUUUUCCCAUAUCUUAUUUACUCUCAAUUAGUUGGGGCUCAGUUUUCACUAGUAAGGACCUGAAGCUUUGUGCCUAGAACUGGACCUGGGCCUUGGCCCCUCCUUAUACCAGGGGCUGGGAAGAUGAAGCUGGGGCUCACCUGGAAGGUGUGGAGCUUGGUCUGUGUCUAAACUUCAGCAAUUUUCUGUGAAAUACUUUUGUAAUACGGUUGCCGUUGGAGGCAGGGACCCAAUUUUGUGUGUUCACAAAACUCAGUGCUCUGUGUUUUUGAAAUUUAGGUGAGGACAGCUUGUCAAUGGGCCUGUGGCUGGUCCCUCCUUGUGUCUGUUGUGAGCCCUGCUGUCACAUGCUGGGUGUAUGGAUCUGUGUUAGUCCCAGCUGACAGUUAUUUUGGCCUCUGUGUCUGGAGGUGGGGUUGCCAGUCACGUGGGAGGAGAAGUACACCUACUUUAUAGGAAACUUCCAAGCUCCUUUCCAGGUGGUUGUGUGGGUUUCCCUCCGUUUCCCCAGCCCAGAGACAGGACUCGUCUGCAACAGCUUUCUGUGCACAGCUCUGGGAUGCAGCCUGGGACACAGAGGCACAGGUAACAACCAGAGACUCACCUGCAGGGAGUCUGCCGGGAUCCUGACCUCCUUGUCCGCCCCUGCUGUGAGUCUGAGUUGUCAGGCCCAGGUGCCCAUCCAAGUGCUCUGCACGGGGACCUCAACCCUCACAGUGGCCAGGAUGGGCAGUUGUACCCAUUCCAUCCUCACCAGACAGCAGCCCAGAACAGCCCUCCUCUUGUCAUCAUUUCUGUCAAAAAGUCCUGUGCUGGGACUGAGAGUGGCUCUUUAGUGACAGUGAGCUAUGUUGUACAGAUGUGGGGACGGGACCUUCCGUGACCCUGUGCCCUGCCUGUUGUUUCCUCCAGGACUUGGGACCCUGGCAGAGUGACAUCUUAGUCCUGGGUGUCCUCUUUAUUCGAGUCAUGGCGACCCCAGACGUCAGCGUGCACAUGGAGGAGGUGGUGGUGGUGACGACACCUGACACCGCGGUGGAUGGCAGUGGCGUGGAGGAGGUCAAGACAGUGCUGGUGACGACCAACUUGGCUGCUCAUGGGGGCGACCUGAGCGAGGAUAACAUGGAGACUGAGAACGCGGCAGCUGCUGCUGCGGCUGCCUUCACAGCGUCUUCGCAGCUCAAGGAAGCCGUGUUAGUGAAGAUGACUGAAGAGGGGGAGAACCUGGAGGCCGAGAUCGUGUACCCCAUCACCUGUGGGGACAGCAGAGCCAACCUGAUCUGGAGGAAGUUCGUGUGUCCCGGCAUCAAUGUGAAGUGUGUGCAGUAUGAUGAGCACGUCAUCAGCCCCAAGGAGUUCGUGCACCUGGCCGGCAAGUCCACCCUGAAGGACUGGAAGAGGGCCAUCCGGAUGAAUGGCAUCAUGCUCAGGAAGAUCAUGGACUCUGGGGAGCUGGACUUCUACCAGCACGACAAGGUCUGCUCCAACACCUGCCGCAGCACCAAGAUUGACCUCUCUGGUGCCCGUGUGUCUCUGAGUAGCCCCACGUCGGCCGAGUACCUCCCCCUCACACCUGCCACAGCUGACGUGAACGGGUCUCCUGCUACAAUCACCAUAGAGACCUGUGAGGAUCCUGGUGAUUGGACCACAGCCAUCGGAGACGACACAUUUGCCUUCUGGCGAGGACUCAAGGAUGCCGGCCUGCUGGACGAGGUCAUACAGGAGUUCCACCAGGAGAUGGUGGAGACCAUGAAAGGCCUGCAGCAGCGGGUGCAGGACCCUCCACUGCAGCUCCGAGACGCUGUGCUGCUCAACAACAUCGUGCAGAACUUCGGCAUGCUGGACCUGGUGAAGAAGGUGCUGGCCGGCCACAAGUGCCAGAUGGACCGCUCGCGGGAGCAGUACGCACGCGACCUGGCUGUGACGCUCUGUCCUGUCCCUGCAGCCCUGGAGCAGCAGUGUGACGAGCACCGCCGACGGGCCAAGGAGCUCAAGCACAAGUCCCAGCACCUCAGCAACGUGCUCAUGACGCUGACACCUGUGUCCCUGCCGCCCCCCAUAAAGCGGCCCCGGCUUGCAAGGGCCACGUCCGGGCCAGCUGCCAUCGCCUCCCAAGUGCUCACCCAAUCCGCCCAAAUUGCCCUCAGCCCAGGCGUGCCUGUCUCCCAGCUGACCAGCGUGCCACUCGGCAAAGUGAUGUCCACCUUGCCCUCCCCCGUGCUGGGCAAGGGCUGCCCCCAGGCAGCUCCCACCAGCUCCCCCACCUCGCCACUGCUUGGGGGCUACACAGUGCUGGCCUCGUCGGGCACCUCCUUCCCUGGCACAGUGGAGAUCCACCCGGACGCGCCUAGCCUCACAGUCUUGAGCACGGCAGCCAUGCAGGACGGCAGCACUGUGGUCAAGGUGGUCAGCCCCCUGCAGUUGCUCACCCUUCCUGGUCUGGGCCCCACCCUGCAGAACGUGGCCCAGGUGUCACCAGGGGGUAGCACCAUUGUGACAGUGCCCACGGGGGCCAUGGAGAACACUGUGGCUGCCCCGGGACCUGAGGAGCACACAGCCACCAUUGAGGUGGCCGCCAUGGCUGAGGGCCACGAGCACAAGUAGCUGUUGGUAGAGAGGGAGGCCUCUCACAGGCACGGGACUGGCCCCUCUCUUCAGGCCAUGGUGCGUUAUGAACCAAAGAGAGGAAACAACAAAAUGGAUCGAGAGGAGAGAGAGGAACAGGGUGACAGCAACCUGUGAUGCCUGCAGGGCUUUGAAUUCUGAACUUCCCCCAUUUUCUUGGGAAAUAUAUUUUUCCAUCUGUUGCUUAUUAAUACUGUUUACACAUUGGGCCCGACCAGGAGCCAGAUGAGAGGACACAUAGGCCUCGCUGCAUCCAGGACAGCAGGCAGCACCGGGAGUGGGCCCGCCGUGGCCGCACGCUGGGGGCACAUCACUAGCACAUGUCUUGGGGACCAUCCCCAAGGGUGGAAAGCCAUGGAUCCUAUGGAUUUGGUUUCUUCCCACAGUUUUCUGUAGGUUUAGUGUGGCCGGCACUCUGCCCUCCCGUCUUGGUACAGGCAUGGCUGGUGCGUCAGGUCCACAUGUGGCUCAGGUCUGGGGGCUCCGGCUCCUGGGGUCUGGGGUGCAGACCUGGGGGCACCUGCCUGAGCAGAGGGGCUGAGGGGCCCAGCAGCACGAGCUUCCCCCACUACCCCCUGCCCACCAGCGGAUGCUUGGCACUCCAGCACCGUCCCACAUGCACUGUGGGUGUUUUCAUGUGAACUGUUUAGCAGGUCUCUAGGAAGAGUCAGAUUUAUAGUAUUUUCAACUCCAACCAUGCUGAGUGCCUAGGCUUCCGGAGUCUGCUCUGGACUCCAGGGUGUUUGUGCAGACGGCUGUCAGACAGCCAGUGUGAAGGUGGCUGAGGGCUGGGGGUCCUGCCACUUGGGUCCUGGGGGUGGGGGCAUAAAUAGAGCAAGAUGGGAGGGUGGGUGCACCUCAUGCCCUGUGCUCAACCUGCUGGUGGGGCUACCAUGACAGCCUCAGCCCUAGGACUCCCACCUGGAGGUGCUGUGCCCCCUGCUCCAGGGCCUGUGGGGUUACUGCCCAGUGCUGGUCAAAGUAGGGACCUGGAUACUUGCUGAGGGGCUGUCCCUGGGCCAGCCACAGUUCUGACUUUGGAGUCACGAGGUAGACCUGAAGGGGGGCCCCCUGCAGGUCCCCAAGGAAGGCCUGAUCCCCUUGAGUGUCAGGUCCCCACUGUCAACCUCAGUCCUGUGGCCUGCUAAGGAAGCUUCUCUGGGGUCCCCACCAUGGGGAGGGCUCCCCUCAUGCUUUGAAGGGAACUGGGCUCCGUCCGUCCAUUCUUCCACCCAUCAAGUGCCCCAGGCCCCACUUCAGCAGGCCUUGCCCCCACCUCAAGCUACUGAGGUUGUCUUGUUUUCUCUGUUACAGUUUGUUUGCUUUUUUCAUGGGUCCGCUGGUCUCAGUGUGACAUUUACUCUCUUGUUUGUGUCUGCACUUCUAUUUUAAGUGCAUCUUGAUUGAGUCUUGAGUCCCAUUAGGUGGGCAGUAUGGGAGCCUUGGGUGUGGGCCCCCAGGUGUGGGUGUGCCCAGCCUGUCCCUGUCUGCACCAGCUCCGUUUACUAAUAAAACCACAAAGCGCCCUCCUCCUUCCAGCCCCUGUGCUGGCCUCAGACCAUGGCCCCAGGAGAGUCCACUUCAGAGCCAUACACUCGAAGCUCUGCAGCUUCGGGGUUAACGCCCAGCCCCGCAUCCCCCCCCCCAUGCGGGGAGGGGUCCACCAGCCUUCAGGAGCCUCUGCUGCUGGGGAGGGGUCGGCACACCUGACCCCCCUCCCCCUGGCCUGGGCAGAACUUGCUGUCCUGUGCUCUGGUUUGGGGAAGGCGGAUCGGCUUGGUUUUACUCACUGGUGCUCAGAGGCAGCCUGGGUGAGAGAAGCAUCUGAGUUCUACUUUGUAUGUUGUUUUGCAAGUAUCUGCUUGGUACUUUGACUUAAAAUAAAAACAUGUUUCGUAA